CGCACUAAAAAUAAUACACACUCACGCACGCACGCACGCACGCACGCACACACAUUGUGAAGCAUCGAAUGUCUUGCAAGUCGACAACAUUGAAGUGAUAGUAUUACACCUCAUCCAUCAACACUCAGCACCAUAACAUCGACUGUGCUUUGAGUAGCCAACAACGGCAAUGCCACCGCCGCAUUUGUCUGUUCCAUCAUCUUCCACAUCUUCAUUUGCAUCCACGUACGUUCAGAGAUAUGUUCGAACAGCAUUAUCUUCGGCAGGUUUUGCAAGGAGUAGCGGUCAGGCGGUAGAAUUGCUGAGCGAAUUGAUGGAAAGAUAUUUGCUCGUUUUGGGGAGCUCAUGUCAAAAGAAUGCCGAACAUGCAGGAAGGACAAAAGCAUGUGCUUGGGAUGCAGAAGCAGCUUUGAAUGAGCUUGGCAUUUCAAGUGAAGAGAUUUAUGAUUGGACAUUGAGCGAAGAUGGUCAGCAAGUGGCAGGACAUAGAAGACCUAUGGAUGAUUUUGCUGGAGAUAUUAAGGAUGAAAGCGAGCAACAAUUAGCCGUCCAAAGGAUUCAGGAUACGGAACGACAAGCUGAACCUUGGCUGGAUGGUGUAAAGCAGUUGGAUCGAAAGCUUCGAAACGCAAAGCCAGAAAGAGAAGAUGCAGCAAAACAAUCUCUGACCUACGAAGAAGUAGAUCAAGAUCAGAUUGAUCUCCUUGACCGCCUUCUACAAGCAGACGCAUCCGACGAAGAUAGUCAAGCGGAAGAAUCACUUCAUCCAUCACCAUCUCCCACAACGCCAGAUUCGACAUCAGCCCAAGACGCCGCUGCCAACGGAAGCUUGGCGCUUUACAACGGGCACAAAAGAAAACGAAGUCGCUCUACAUCAUCCUCCCAUAUACCCGACUUUCUUCCUUCGAUACCCCUCAAAUCAGAACAGUACGGCGAAGUACCUCAAGAUGCAAAGAUCUAUGUCAUUGAGGAUGCAGACUAUGAAAGAGGCAAAGCUGCACGAGUUCGAGAGCCAACCAUCACAAAUGGCCACGUAGAGCCUGCAGAUGGCACUCUCCCUAUCAAUACUGCGGAGGAGCUAGCUGAAGCACCAAAGCGAUCUGUGGAGGACCUAUGGCAUAAAGCCAUCCCCUUUCAAUCUUCAAUGCUGGCAUCUGGACAAACUGUGAAUGAUCUACCUGCGGUAUCAGAAGAGGCGCUGAAUGGGCACAACACUCAAUCGUCAAUGUCUAGCAUGCAUGCUUUCGCCAAUGAUUAUCCUGUUUUGGUGCAAGAAGCACGAGAUGCUCAGCCUGGUUAUCUUACACCUAGCGGGCCAGCAUUCUCACGAGCAUUUCAACAAAGACGUGCUCUUGCUUCUUUCUUGGCCGAUGCGUCUAAGUAUCAACCAUGCGAUACUUUGUUUGGUUCCAUCAGUGCACGUCCAACUGUGUUGCCCUUUCAUCCAACAGCCUCUCUUUUGAUCACACCGCCAACAGCAGAGAAUCCUGCGCCAUCAUUCUCAGCCAUACGACCGAAUGGAAGGGAUUUGCCUUCAUCGACGAUUGGAAAUAUAGCACUUUAUCCUACUUGUCGACAUCGCAAUCCUGGCAAUGUUCUCAAUGCAGCUCGAUUCCUUAGCGGUGGUGUAGGCUCAGAGACGUACAGAAGAAUGACUCGGAUUCAUGACCCUGAGCCAAUUCUGGACGAACAACAUGCAGAACGUGUAUUCCAUGGACAAGCAGCACCGAAGGAAUUGUUGGUGGAAGACAAUAGCAUAUUGAAAGGAGCUUUGGACGUGCUCAAGCUCAAACGAGCCGAAGAGAGACAAGCAGCUCGCGAAGCAAAUGGAUCACCAGAUUACGAUCUUGGUGCACAAGGUGCAGGAACGGAUGUUGAUGGAGAUCGAACAGGACAACUCGCAAUGAGUGCAACGCGAGAUCGAAUCAAAGUCAAAAAUGGUACGACUGUAUCUACUUGGGAUUGGAUUCAACGAGAUUAUACAGAUCCUCAACUUUUGGCUAAAAAAUUCAAACAAGGAACGGCAGGUGUUUAUUUGAGUAAUGGCGCUUCUGCAGGUGGACGUGAUCGUCAAAGAUCUGAAUCGGUAGCUGAAACUCCAAGACCUGCCAACUAAAAAGAAAAGUUUUGUUAUUUUGGAAAAUAUCUUUUUGUAUUAUCAUGUACUAUAUCUUAUAAAACAGUGUAAUAUCGAAUGUCAUAAGAAC